UAGUCGCAGUAGAAACCGCACCAGCAACGAAAGGGGAAGUCGAUAUGGCCACAGGAGCCAGAUUGAUGAAGCUGCGUAACAAAAGCGAAGAUGCCAUCACUGACUUGUUGACGCGCAUCCCGGACGUGGGCCACCUGUUUGACGUACAGAGCCGGAUUGGCAAUGGCACCUUCAGCACCGUGCUGCUGGCCACGCUUAAGCGAGAGGCGAAUCUACCGGAGAGCAUGCGGCGCAAGUUCGCCAUCAAGCACCACAUACCCACCAGCCAUCCCGACCGCAUUAUGAAGGAGCUUCAGUGCAUGACCAAAAUGGGCGGAAUGGACAAUGUCGUUGGGAUCCACUGCUGCAUGCGUUGUGACGCCUCGGCUGCCUUCGUGAUGCCCUACAUGCCCCACGACCGAUUCCAUGACUUUUACACCAAGAUGGACGUGUCGGAGAUUCGCCUGUACAUGCGCAACUUGCUGGUGGCCCUGCGCCACGUCCACAAGUUCAACGUGAUCCACCGGGACGUGAAGCCGAGCAACUUCCUGUACAACCGGCGGCGCCGCGAGUUUCUUCUGGUGGACUUUGGGCUGGCCCAACAUGUCAAUCCGCCGGUCUUGGCCGCGGGCACGGCCGCAGGAGGACAGCAGGAGCAGCGCAACCGCCACACUGGAGCUGGUGGUCCGAACAGCAAACGCUUCAGAGACAGGGAGACGGAGGCGGCAGUGCAGACAACAGCUGCCGCUGCCGCUGCUGCUGCUGCUGCUGCUGCUGCUGCAGCGGUGGCCGCAGCCGAUGCAGGUCUGGGGGGAGCAGUGAAGCGCAUGCGGCUGAACGAGGAGGGCGGCUGGGGCAAGAUGCCGCUCAAGCCGGUCAACGAGAUUGCCCAUGCCCAGAACGAGUCGAAAGAAGUUGUCGCUCAGGCACCAGAGCAGCCACAGCUGUCCACACAGCAACAGCAGCAGCAGCAGCCCGAGCAGACACCAAGCUCGGCCACUGGCACGGGAACAGUCGCGGGCACCGGCAGCAGGUACAACACAAACCGAAGCGCCACUGGAUCGACGAACAGCGGCAAGUGCUUCUGCUUUGCCAACCCAUCGGUGUGCCUCAACUGUCUGAUGAAGAAGGAAGUGCACGCCUCGCGGGCUGGCACGCCUGGCUACCGUCCGCCCGAGGUGCUGCUCAAGUACGCGGACCAGACCACGGCCGUGGAUGUGUGGUCCGUUGGCGUGAUCUUCCUCUCGCUCAUGUCAUCGGUGUAUCCGUUCUUCAAGGCGCCCAACGACUACAUAGCCCUGGCCGAGAUAGUCACCAUCUUCGGGGACCAGGAGAUACGCAAGACGGCCUUGGCCCUCGAACGCAUGGUCACCCUCAGCCAGCGUUCCCGUCCGCUCAACCUGCGCAAGCUGUGCCUGCGCUUCCGCCACCGGGCCAUCUUCAGCGACGCCAAGAUGCUGAAGAAGUACGAGUCGCCCGACGGGCAGUGCGAGGUGUGCAAGAACUGUGACCAAUACUUCUUCAACUGCCUGUGCAAGGAGAGUGAUUAUGUGACCGAGCCGCUGGAGCCGUACGAGGUCUUUCCGGCCUCCGCCUACGAUCUGCUGGAGCGCCUGCUUGAGGUCAAUCCGCACAAGCGCAUCACCGCGGCCGAGGCACUGCAGCAUUCCUUCUUCAACUGCCAGGGACAGGGCCCGAACUCUCAGACGGCUGGGAACCAUCAAGUCGCCAGUCCACCGCGCAAGGGCCGCACCGCUGCCGCCAGGCAGAUGACGCGUCGCCGUGUCACCAACAAAUCCGUCUCAAUGGGCAUACAGCCUCUGCAGCAGCUGAAGAUAGAGCAGCAGCUGCUGUAUCCCGCCAAACUGGAGGAGCUCCAGACGGUGCUCAACAAGCUCUAAGGCUCUAGUCCCGCUCCUCCCACUGUACAUUGUAUAUAGAUUUAUGCACAUCCAAAAUCAUUAUCUGUACACACAGUAAACAGCUCAGCUUGUUGUUCGCUGCAGCACCCCAGCCCCACGGCCACAUAUACUUACCUCAAAUUUGCAUCUCACUGGAGAAUUUGAGAGGCCAGCAGCCCAGUAGCCGUCUAUUGCAUAAUAUACUCAACUCAACUCAAAGGAAACCAAAAAGGAAAGGCAUGCAUACUAUACCACACACACACACACACAUAAACGUAUAUAUAUUUAAGUAUAAAGUGUUAACCAUGAACAAUAGGAAAGAGGAAUACCAAAAACUUCAAGUGAAAGAAAGAAAAGUGAAACAAAAUACUACCUAAAGGAAAUAAAAUAAAUAUUAUUUAAAGUUUUAAGUACACACGUAUAUGUGGUGGCAGAGCACUUGCAUGGCUCCUCCCCCCCAGUGAUCACCCGCAGCCUGCGCCAUCCAUUGUCCUACUGGCAGCUCAAUGGCACUCCCACUCUCAUUUUGGAUGGAUGUGGCUUGAGAAGUCCGUGCUAUUGCAUGUACACAUUAUUUUACCCAUGUUUUUUUUUGUUUGUGUUGCAUAGUUCGAAUAAUUUUAGAUUACCCACCCCAUCUAUGUAUAUCCACAAGUAUCCUCAUGAACGGAGAAACAAACAUAAAUAUGUACAUAUAGAGUAUAUACAGAAAGAGAAAAAUAUAUUUAUACGAUGCGAUUGUAA